GAUAAAUAGAAGUAUAAGAUAAUGGGGGAAAAGUCAGUUAUUCCAUACCUGUCGAUUGUAGGUCAUACGGCGCCAAACUUAAUACCUUGGCGACAAUCAAUCGGCGCCAUUAGUCAACAUCCAAAGCAGUAGUAACCUUAGGAAUGCGUCCUUAUGCUAUGGAAACAGAAAGGACAAAGCUAUACAAUUUGACGCCGUCAACAGUUAUAUUUCUCAAAACGUCUAACCUUAGUCGUCUAUCAUUAGAAGAUUUCUUUUCAAUACGGAAAACUAUUUCUGCAUACAAAUUCAAUGAAUUUUUCGAUAAUGUAUUAGAAAAAUUUUUACAAGUAAAAUAUUCUGUUGAAAAAAUUGGAUCAUAUCAGUGCACAUCAUCUAUUAGAAAAAGUCAACUUUUAAAGUGGACAUGUAAAUUAAUCUGUGUCAGUUUAAACAAAACAACUUUACUCAUUAUUUUUAAUAAUGCAGUCAAUAAAUUAAAAUUUUUCCCUAUUUAUUUGCAUUUAUUGAUCCAAUAUUUAUUUUACACAUAUUAUACUUCUUACAACACUUAUAAACUUCAGCAUUUAAUUCAUACCAACAAUGAUGAUGGUAACAAUGUCUGUAUUGAAAGUGAACAGUUUAUUGAACCAUCGGUAAUUCAGGUGAAAAAAAGAAGACCAUUAAAAUAUCACUCAUCAGCACACUGUACAAACGGUACAUUGAUUGAAAAACGCUAUGAUAGAGCUGCUAACAAACCAUGUAAAGGAACUUUUAGUGUCUAUUUAACAUGGAUUACUAUUGUUAGUUUCUUAUAUCUUUUUAAAAUUGGAAGCACUGAAGCCGUUAAACAAAGUCAAGAAUCUUCCAGCUCACCGAAUCAAUAUAACUUAGUUAAUCUACUUCAUUCUUUAUCCUCAAUAGGAAAACAGAUAAAUGCAGAGAUUUUAACAAAGUCUGAGCUAAGAACAUGGAAUUACUUAUUGGAGAAAAUAAUAAAGUCCCAGACAGAUUUGUUAAGAGAUCAAAAUCGUUUGGAUUAUACGCCUAUUUUAACGCCAGGUAGUAGUUUCAAUAGUAUCAGUAAUGAAUUUUUCAAAUAUGAUAAAACUACUCCAAAACCUUCGAAAGCCGAGUUAAUGGCUAAAACACCAAGUUAUAUGUUUAAAUUACAUGAACGUCACAUGAAUGAUUGGCACAGCUUUGGACGUUAUGAAGAAAAUCAUCUAGUGCAUCCAGAUUAUGAAAAAUAUUUAAGUGAAAAUCAAUUUUCAACAAGUGAUAAUCAUCAGGGGGAAAAAACAAAGCGUAAAGAACACCAUGGACGUCAUCAUCUUGGUAUGAUAACAGCGAUAAGACAUCAUAGACAUAUUGAAACCCAUGAACAUGUGAACAGCGAAACAGAUAUGCUUCUAAGUCGUAGGAAACGUUCAGCGGAGCCAAAUGAUGCACACCUAUCGGCAGAUAAUAUUGUUAAAAGGCAUAAAUUAGUAUUUCAACUUGCUGACAUACCUUCCAAUGAACACUUAAUAGCAGCAAGCAUACGUAUACGAUAUGAAGCGAAAGUUUAUUCAGAAAAUUAUUCAAUCCCAACAGUAAGUAGUUCAUUCUGCUCAAACAUUACUAACAAUGAUAAAAUGAGGAGCACAUCAUUUUAUUGGCCAUUAUCCUUAUGGUUACAUUCUGAUCAAAAUAAUUCCAGUAACAUGGAUAUACAAACUGCAGCUAUUUUUGAACCAGAUGAUUUACAGUGUAAAACACAGUCUACUAAGAAUUCUUCGCUGAUAAAUUUGCCAAAUGGAUGGUUUCAUAUACCACUGAAUCAACCUGUUUUACAUCUGAUCGAAAAAAUCAACCAACAAACUUAUGGUGAUAAACAAAUUGUAAUACAAAUUCGCUCAGUAAUACAGAAGGGUUCACCAAUGUUAGGGGAUUUAAAUUAUAUUAUCGAUAAUAACAGUGAUGAACAAUUGGACUACCUAAGAGUCAACAAUGUAUAUCAGAACAGGCAAAAUUCUUUUAGUUCCUCGAAGUGGUUACAUAAUGCACCACAUUUAUUCACUUAUCAUCGUGAUCCAAAUUUGGCUGAGUAUAUAAAACGCAAGGCAAGAUCGGCUGAUUACUCCAAUGGUGAACAUACGCUACAAACGGAUGAAUUCAACCAUAUCAAUGUCAAACCUGAGACUCAAAAUGUAAACAACAAGAAAAUUGCUAGACGUUAUAAACGCUUGCAACGAUUGCUCAAUACACGUUUGAGUCAACAAAAGAGUGAUAAAGGAACUGGAAAAAGUGGACAACACGAUGAAAAAACGUAUGCUAAAACAAGAUCACGAAGACGAGCACAAUAUCGACAACAUCAUAAUCGCCCACGUCAAGAUCAUUACUACUAUACUGACAUUGAUUCAGUCAAUGAACAUGAAGACAUUUCUUCAAAUCUACAAAUGACAUCUAAUUCAUAUGAAGAUAACAGAAAAACUGACCGUUAUAAACAGAAACAUUACCAAUAUGAUACUGGAAGAUCCUAUCAUUCAAAUAUACUGCAAACCAGUAAUCACCAUUACCUUGACACAACAUGUCAAAGGCGUGAAUUAAUUAUUAAUUUUGAUGCUGUCGGUUGGGCUGGAUGGGUAAUUGCACCACAAGCAUAUAAUGCACGUUACUGCUUGGGUCAGUGUCCAUUUCCACUAUCAACACAUUACAAUACAACAAAUCACGCUGUCUUGUUACAAUUAGUUCAUUUACUAGAUGUGGCGAGAAUUCCCGGUCCAUGUUGUGUACCACACCAACUUUCAUCACAGUCAUUAUUAUAUCAUAGUCAGAAUGGUGAUGUUGUCUUAAGAGUGUAUGAAGAUAUGGUUGUAGAAAGUUGUGCUUGUCGCUAGAAAUACAAAAUGAUAUACUGUAUAACCAAACUGAUUGCAAUGUAUACUUUCAAUGUGAACACGUAUGUACACAAAUCUUUAGUCGUAAACCCAUGAAAAAUCUCAACUACCGUUAUUAACAUUAAUACUGUUAUCUAAAUGUUUUCAGUAGUAGUUAUAACAGCGAUAUAACUAUUAUUUUGAUUAUUAAACACAAAUGCACCAAUAACUGUUUAUAAAUCUACCUGACGUUUAACAACUUCAUCAAAAAUUUAAACAUAUAUGAAUCAUUACUUUUCAUUCAUGUAAGUAUACUUCAACACUUUACUUUGUUAUUUUAAGCAGCAAAAACUUUCACUUUUUCAUGUGUUUUAUUUUUAUUCUUCAAAUUAAAGGAUAUAUAUAUAUGUAAGUUCUUCAAAAGAAAUACCUUUCAUGGUCUCUUAUAUAAAAUGCUGUGAGUUAAUGAUUGCUUAACAUUUUUAAAUUUGCCUUAUGAAGUAUUCAUUGUUGCUACAAUUUAGAAUCCAACAAAACAAAUUUGUUGUACUAACAAUAAAAACGAAAUAAAAAACAGCAUAAACUGUAUCUGAGUGCAUUAUUUAAUGUAACAUGUUAGGAUAUAACAUCUAUUAUUUCAUUAUGACCGGGAACAUCAUUUGACAAAUAUAUACAUAUAUAUAUAUAU